CGCGUUUCUCGACACUCGUCAGUCAGCCGCUCAGCCCCGAGCACGCCGCGCGCCGCCAUGACCGUCAAGCAAUACACUCGAGAGGAGAUCUCCAAGUGGGACACCAAGAAGGAGAAUGUCUUCAUCAUAGACAACGUGGUGUACAACGUGACCGAGUUCCUGGACGAGCAUCCCGGAGGACACGAAGUGCUCGUCAACCUCGCCGGCAAAGACGCCUCCGAGGACUUCGACGACGUCGGCCACAGCCUGGACGCCAAGGAGCUCAUGAAGAAGUACGUGGUCGGCGAGCUGGUGGAGGCGGACCGGGUGCAGGUGCAGAAGCGCCACGUGGCCUGGGAGGACAGCAAAGUCGAGGGCGACACCGGCUUCACCAGCUCGUGGAAGUUCCCCGUGCUGCUGGGCAUCGUGGUCACCGUGCUCUACUCGUACCUGUUCGGCUAGCGCUUGGCUGACGCUCGCCCGGCGCUCAGCUCGGCUCAUCAGGCGGUCACUGGACUCUGUGGAUGUGUGUGGACAUUCCCUAUCGUUAAGGACGGCUAUAUGUAAAUACGAAGGUUUUGUGAAUUAUUUAUACCUAUGUAUAUUGUGAUAUAUGAUUAAAGUAUUUUGUAUAAUUUUAAA